CGCUCGUACGUAGGUACGAAGGCAAGUCCCUCCUUACGUGGGCACGCACGGCGCACCGGCGGGCGGGAGAGGAACGCCGCGAGGUCAGCGGCGCCCCGCCCAGUCGGCAAGGUUGCGCGUGCCCAGGGCGACCGCCAAGAUGGUGGUGGGCGCGUUCCCCAUGGCGAAGCUGCUCUACCUGGGCAUCCGGCAGGUCAGCAAGCCGCUGGCCAACCGCAUCAAGGAGGCCGCCCGCCGCAGCGAGUUCUUCAAGACCUACAUCUGCCUGCCCCCAGCCCAGCUGUACCACUGGGCAGAGAUGCGGACCAAGAUGAGCAUCAUGGGCUUCCACGCUGAGUCCAUCAAGCCGCUGAACGAGGUGGCCGCGGCCGAGCUGGGCGCGAACCUGCUGGGCGAGGCCAUCAUCUUCGGCUGCGCGGGCAGCUGCCUGCUGCUGGAGUUCUGGCGCCAGCAGUCACUGAAGCGCCGCAAGGAAGGGGAGCGCGUGGCCUCACUGCUGUCGCUGAGGGACGACUUGGACCGCCUGGAGCAGGUGGUGGACGAGCUGCAGGUGCAGGUGCAGGCGGCCGUCCGGAGGAGCGAGCUGGACCAGCUGAGGGCCGAGCUGCGGGCGGAGCUGGAGGAGUUCAAAGGCCAGAUCUGCACCGAGCGCCAGGAGCCCGAGCCCGAGCCCGAGCCCCAGCCUCCCAAAGCCUCCUUGUAGAGACCGCAGGACUCUGACCUUGGAGGACGUGGAUGGCUGUCUGGCCUUGUGUGCCUGGCCUCUCUGCAUGGGCCCAUCCCCGAACUGGGCCAGCUGACAUGCCCUGGUCUCUGGGGACAGAGGGAUCCUAGGCCGGGAGUGGUGUGAGUGCUCCUUUCCACAGGGGUCUCUCACCCACUGGUGGGACAUGCCAGGGACGCUCCCAGACUCCCAACCCCAAGCCACCAGCACUCGGAAAGGGAGGGGGCACAGCGUGUUGGGGAGCCACCUAAGAACCCUUUGCCCAGGGCACUGGCCCAUCACACUGGAACACUCCUGCCUUAUGUCCCGACCCCAUCUCCUUCCAUCUACCUCACUUUGAAGGGAGAGGCCAGGUCUGCACUGGC